AUGUCUUCAAUUUUAGCCCGUGCCAGACGUUCGGUCGGUAUAACCCACGAAAGUCGUUCACGUAGCGUUGAUCAAGAAAGUAGUUCAAUCUCUUCUCGUUCAGGUUCCGGUUUGGGUGCACCAGAAGGUCAUCCUGACACCGUUGCAGGCGGAGCCGUUGAUGGAGCCAAAUUGGAAAAAGCUGCAAGUAAAGCUGCCGGUAUUGAUGGUAUCGGAUCCGAUGAUGUAGCAAAAGUCGACGUCGUUUUGGCCCAACAGAAUGAUGGUGAUAUUCAGUACAGAACGAUGUCAUGGCAAAAAUGCGCUGCAAUCUUGUUCGGAGAAUAUGUUUGUUUGGCCAUUUUGAGUUUCCCUUGGGCAUUCAAAACAUUAGGAAUGGCAGGUGGAAUUUUGGCCACCUUGGGAAUGGGAGCGAUCGCUUUGUAUACUUCUAUGACCCUAUGGCGUUACUGUAUGCUGCAUCCUCACAUGUUGCAUAUCGCCGAUUUUGGAUACCAAUUAUUCGGAAAAACAUGGAUCGCAUACGAAUUAACCGCUAUCGCUCUCAUCCUCAACAAUACCUUCAUUCAAGGCUUGCAUACAUUAACCGGAAGUGAAAUUUUGAAUGUGCUGUCCGAACAUGGAACGUGUACACUCGUUUUCAGUAUCGCGAUCAUGCUCCUUUGCUUCCUUUUGACUUUACCGCGUAAAAUGGAGAAUGUUGCAAUGAUGGGAAUCGUUUCUGCAAUUUCAAUGGGUAUCGCAAUCCUGCUCGUGCUCAUUUUCACAGGUAUCCAAGGUAAAGAACCUGCUGGAUUUGAUCCUGCUGAGCCAGUUCGAAUCACUGCUUUUGCUCCCCCAGGUACCACAUUCGUCGACGGCUUUAAUGCAUUCCUCAACAUCGUUUUCACUUGGGUUGGUCAAAUCUGUUAUCCAAGCUUUAUCGCUGAAAUGAAGAAUCCGGAAGAUUUCCCUAAAGCGCUCUAUGCAGUCACAGUUGCUGAAUUUGUCUUGUUCACUUUAACCGGAAUCGUGGUCUACUACUAUUGCGGUCAAUACACGCAAACACCUGCCGUUGCCAACUUGGGUCCAAUUUUCAAGAAAAUUUCCUUUGCUUUCGUUUUACCGACGACGAUUAUCAUUGGUGUGAUUUAUGCAGCAGUUGUUGUCAAAUAUAUGUUCCACAGAAUCACAUUUGGAACCCGUCAUUAUAACCACAACACCGUUAGAGGUUGGACGAUUUGGACUUUAUGCUGCGCAUCUACUUGGAUCUUUGGUUGGGUGAUUGGUGAAGCAGUACCUUUCUUUGGCGUUUUACUCAGUUUGAUGAGCGCUUUGUUCGAUGGUUGGUUCGGUUUCAUCUUUUGGGCAGCCGCUUAUCGUGAAUUGAAUCAUGGUAAAUUAUGGAAAGGACAAAAACUUACUCGUAAACUGGAAACCAUAUUUAACGUUUUCCUUGCCCUUGCUGGUUUGUUCAUCUUUGGUCCUGGAACGUAUACCAGUGUAGAAGCCAUCAUUCAAAGUUAUGCAACCGGAAGUGUCAAAAGUCCUUUCACUUGUGCAAAUAAUGCCGUUUAAAAAAAAGGUGCAACCCUUACAAUAUGCUCUUUUCUCCUCUUGCUUUUCUUUCUUUUUGCUUCUUAAUGAGACCAUGUUUUGUUUGCUCUUACCAUUUCUUCUUGAUAUGUAUCUAUAGUAUUAAUUCUAUCUAGUGUUUCCUUGUCUU